UAAUGCCAACAAUAACUGUAUUCGAAAUAAUUGAAUGUUUUCAUCAAGCUCAAAAGAUUUGUCCGUGUCCUGUUAUUUUUGCUGUUAAUUGGCAAAUAUUAUAUGGAAAGUAUGCAACAUUAGCUACAACUUAUUUAAGAAAAAUAGUUGAUCAACGUCAUAAAGAGAUGAAAUUUGAUCAAAUAUCAUCAUCAUCAUCAUCAGAAAAAAAUAAUUCAACUGAGUCUAGUAUGAAUAAGAAAGAAACAAUUAUUGAACGAACUCAAUCAGCUGUUGCACGAUUAUUAGGUGCAGCUAGUGUUGAUCGUAUAGUUAUUGAUCGUUCACUUGUUAGUCAAGGUAUGGAUUCAUUAGCUGCUGUUUCAUUAUAUAAUUGGUUAGGUCAAGAAACCGGUAUUUAUAUACCACUAGCUGAUCUUCUUCAAGGACUUUCAGUUGAAAAAAUUGGAACACUCGUUUAUAAUAAACUUAAUGAAAAAGAACAAACAAAAUCAUCAGCUGCAAAAGAACAAGAUUUAGAUUUUGAGUUGAUUAAUGAAAAUGAAGUUCAAUAUUCUAAUACAUCAACAUAUACAGGUUUAGAAAAUAUCAUUUGUCUACAUCGAUCAAAUCAAAAUAAUACUUCAACUCUUUUUUGUAUUACUCAAAUAUCAAAUGAUAAUAAUAAUGAAGAUUUAUUUACAUUUUUUACUGAUAAAUUAUCUAAUGAAAAAGAUGAAACAUCAUCAAAUGAUAUCUAUGCUUUACAAAUACCAACAAUAACAUCAUCAUCAUCAUCAUCAUCUAUAUUUACAUAUGCUCAAAGUCUUAUUACACAAAUGCGUCGUAUUCAACCAUGUGGAUCUUAUCAAAUAGUAGCUAUUCGAAACCAACCAGAAGAAACUAUUGCUCAUGAAAUGUUGAAACAACUCAAAACACAUUCACUCAUUACUAAUACGCAAUUACAUCUUUUAGAUACUCACAACUAA